AUGGGUGCUAGUUUGACUCUGUGCUGCUGCCACUUCUUUCUGAAGUACAACAGAGAGAAGAAAAAACCACUCCUGCGCAUGAACACUGCCAAAACUUCCAAUACGCCCAUGACACCAGAGAAGCUUUCCAGUGAGUCCAGCGACACAGAGGAAGAGAACCAGUUUGACCAACAGCUCACAACGAGGACUCCAUUGACCACGCAGAGGACGAAUAGGCACAGUGCAUCAAGGAGAAGGGAAUCGGACCGAGAGCUGCAGGCUUUCAUCAGCAUGAGGAAUCAGGUUGACCAGGCAACAGAGGAAUGGGAACAACUGAAUUUUGACAUCCACACUCUACGCUAUGCCAAACGAGAAGUGAGAGCAAGAUGGAAGAAAAUCCUGCUGCAGUUAGGUUAUCAGUCUGAGGUAGAUACGCUGUUGUACGUCAACAAACAAAAUUACUUGAAUCGAGACCAAGAGAGCCUCACCAGAGCGACUGAACUCUUAACCCAGUUGUUGGAACACACUUCCCUGUUUCCUGCAGGAACAGGACAUCGGACCAGAUACCUCUAUGUCAUGGACCGCCUGGUGUCCCUGGACAGCGCCGAUGAAUUUGUCAGACUGGCGAUGGAAAAAUAUCCAAAGGCUGCGACACUAGAACUGACAACUGAGAAUGGCAGUGAAUGA